AUGCCCAUGCUCACCGAGGCCGAAAUCGCUCCGUCUGCCAUUGAGGAGGAGCGAAAGAGACUGCGAGAAGCGACACAACACGUUACAGAUAUUGAGAGGCAGAUUGAUGCGCUACAUAGAGAGCUGGCGACGGCGCGCACACGGUGGGAGCAGCUGCGCUUGAGUGUACAAUGGCGAGAACUCAUGGCGGCGGUGAAUGCUGACGAGGACGUGUAUGCCGUGGUGGAGAGGCUGACGGGCGCCUUCGCCGCGUUCCGCGAGUCUCUCGUGGAGCCGGAGAACUACCUACAAGAGCAGAAAGGAGAGGUGCCGAACGAGGAGGACAUCGUGCCAUACAGCGAUACGGACGACUACGCUGACUUUAGCGAAGUGGAGACGGUGGUGGCGGAGCUGCUGGCCACUGUCAAGGAACAGCUAGAGUCACGCACGGCAGCGUCAUGGCCGUCGUCCCGGAACAUCAAUUGCAGCUCCUCGUGUGAGUCCUCAGUGUCCGGUGAAGAUCCCAGUUGCCCUGAUGUUGAGUUGGUGAUGGUGCAGAAAGCGAAGGCUACAGCACGGCGUCAAGCCCUCCUGAAGCUGCUCGUGAUUACGGUACUGGUGGGCCGAGUGGAGCAGUACUGCGGGUUCAAGCUGAUCUCAGAGGCCAGCAACGUGCCGUGGUCGGACGCGGAGGAGAUGCGGGACGGUGUGACUUCGGUUUGGCAGUGGCUCUUCUAUGAGCAGCCAGGGGUGCUCACGGCGGAAGAACGCGCAGAGUGGAAGGACAUUGUCCGCGCCUUUCUUGGGGACAGCUACGCUGCGGCACCUUAG